AUGGCAUCGGAGCCCGCGGUGCUGCAGCCGCGGUGGAAGCGGGUUUUGGGCUGGAGCGGUCCUGUGCCGCGGCCCCGACAUGGACAUCGAGCUGUUGCCAUAAAGGAGCUGAUGGUGGUGUUUGGAGGUGGAAACGAGGGAAUCGUAGACGAACUACACGUCUAUAAUACAGCUACAAACCAGUGGUUCAUUCCAGCUGUCAGAGGAGACAUUCCCCCUGGUUGUGCUGCAUAUGGUUUUGUUUGUGAUGGCACGCGGCUGCUCGUGUUUGGAGGAAUGGUGGAGUAUGGAAAGUACAGUAACGACCUUUAUGAGCUGCAGGCGAGUCGUUGGGAGUGGAAACGUCUCAAAGCCAAAGCUCCUAAGAAUGGUGGGCCUCCUCCAUGUCCACGUCUUGGCCAUAGCUUCUCAUUGAUAGGCUCUCGUUGUUACUUAUUUGGGGGACUGGCCAAUGAUAGUGAGGAUCCCAAGAACAACAUACCAAGAUACCUAAAUGACCUUUACUGCCUGGAGUUAAGACCUGGUUCUAGCGUGGUAGGCUGGGACAUCCCUUCCACUUCAGGUCGGCCUCCUCCACCCAGAGAAAGUCACACAGCUGUAGUAACCAGCGGAAAAGUUGGGAACAAGCUCAUUAUCUAUGGUGGCAUGAGUGGCUGCAGGCUUGGUGACCUCUGGCUGCUUGAUAUAGACUCUUUGAUGUGGACCAAACCCUCUAUUGGAGGAGCAGCUCCUCUUCCACGCAGCCUGCACUCUGCCACCAUCAUCAAUAACAAGAUGUACGUGUUUGGAGGCUGGGUCCCUUUGGUGAUGGAGGAUGUCAAAGUUGCCACACAUGAGAAGGAAUGGAAGUGCACCAAUACUCUGGCCUGCCUCAAUUUGGAAACCAUGAACUGGGAGACUGUGGUAAUGGACUCUCUGGAAGAGAACAUCCCCCGAGCCAGAGCAGGUCACUGCAGUGUGGCAAUAAAUUCGCGUCUCUUUAUCUGGAGCGGCAGAGAUGGCUACAGGAAGGCCUGGAACAACCAGGUCUGCUGCAAAGACCUGUGGUACCUGGAGACUGAGCGUCCGUGUGCUCCAUCCCGUGUACAGCUGGUCCGUGCUAACACCUCUUCUCUGGAGGUGAGCUGGGGCCCCUGUCAAACUGCAGACACGUAUGUUCUUCAGCUGCAGAAGUAUGACUUGCCACAGACCACCCCUGCAAGCCCGGCCCCCAGCCCGGCCUCUAACCCUGUCCCCACGGCAGUGCCCUGCCCAACCACUCCAGCCACACCACCCACCAGCAUCACUCUGGUCCCUGCAGCUGCUACUGGAAGUGCACUGGCCACACCCAAUAAACCAGCUGUUCUGAAAGUUGCUGCGUCUCCAGGAGGAGCUACAGGAGCCUCCAUCGUAACGGUCCGUCAGGCUGCACCAAAGUCUCCUGUUGCCGUAACUCUUCCUGCUGGAGUUCGCAUGGUGGUUCCCGCUCAGAGCACACAACAAGGAACGCCCAUAGGCACCAACCCUCAGAUGUCAGGCAUGGCAGCUCUGGCUGCAGCUGCAGCAGCUACUCAGAAAAUCCCUCCUUCGUCUGGGACAUUGUUGAAUAUGCCAACGGGAGCCACCAUAGUCAAGACUGUGGCUGUCAGCCCUGGGUCUACUACUGUGCCUGUCAAAGUGGUGAGUAACCCAGCAACUCGGAUGUUAAAGACCGCUGCUGCUCAAGUGGGUGGGACAUCUGUGGUUUCCACCCCUGGGACCCCCAACAGACCGAUCAUUACGGUGCACAAGUCCGGCACGGUUACAGUGUCUCAGCAGGCGCAGGUGGUAACGACGGUGGUGGGAGGGGUCACGAAGACCAUCACACUGGUGAACAGUCCUCUCAGUAUGGGGUCUGGGGGAACUCUGUUGGGAAGCCUUGGAAAUCUUGGUAAGGUGGUCUCUGUGGUUCAGACCAAACCAGUUCAGAGUGGAGCUGUAACUGGACAGGCAAUAAAUCCUCUCACACAAAUUCUACAGACUAAAGGUGGCCUUCCCCCUGGAACUAUUCUGAAGUUGGUAACCUCUGCAGACGGUAAACAGACUACAAUAUUGAGCACAGCACAGUCUGGAGCAGCAGGAAAUAAACCAACCAUUCUGGGAAUGUCUCCAACUGGAGCAAAACCUGGGACGACCAUCAUCAAGACCAUCCCAAUGUCUGCGCUGCAGGGAGCCACUGGUGGUAACAGCCCGAUCACCAUCCUCACAAACAAAGGAAUGACUGCAGGAACAGCUCAGAAAAUCAUCACCGCAGUCCCCAAGAUCUCAGCAGGCGGCCAGCAGGGGCUUACCCAGGUGGUUUUAAAGGGCGCUCCAGGGACCCCUGGGACCAUCCUCAGGACUGUCCCGAUGAGUGGAGUCAGACUAGUUUCGCCAGGAUCCAAGCCUACUGUUACCACACUUGUUGUCAAGGGCACCACAGGAAUGUCAAGCUUGGGUACUGUCACUGGGACAGUCUCCACUGUUGCUGGAGGAACUGUUGUUGGGAAUAACGCCUCUCUAGCCACGCCCAUCACCACCUUAGCAACCAUCGCCACAUUAGCUGGCCAGGUGACAACAGCAACUACAGCCGGGGUGACGAAGCAGGUGACCCUGAUCACAACGCCCAGUGGAGCUGAGGCGCAGCCCUUGGUCCAGGACCUGCCUGUGUCCAUCAUGGCCUCACCCACAUCAGAAGAACCUGGAAGUACCACCACCAGCUCCACUGUUACUACUACAGCUGAAGGAGAGGAGGGUUCUAACACAGUGGCGUUGAUCUGCUCUAACCCUCCGUGUGAGACCCAUGACACGGGGACCACAAACACAGCAACUACAGCCACAGCAGCGAUGGGGGGAACGGAAAGAGUCUGUUCUAACCCUCCCUGUGAAACUCAUGUGACCGGAACAACCAACACUGCCACUGUGGCCUCCUCCAGCCUCGGCCAGAACACACAGGUCUCCUCAAACCUGUCAGUAAAUGGAGCCACAAUCUGUUCCAAUCCUCCUUGUGAGACUCAUGAAACAGGAACCACCAACACCACGACCACUGCUGGAGCUGGAGGACUGAGACAGGUUUGCUCUAAUCCCCCAUGUGAGACUCACGAAACGGGGACGACUAACACCACAACAACGGCAGGAGCCGGCAGACUCAGACAGGUUUGCUCUAAUCCUCCAUGUGAGACUCAUGAAACGGGAACAACCAACACAGCAACUACAACAGGAGCAGGAGCAGUUCAACAGGUCUGUUCCAAUCCUCCGUGUGAAACCCAUGAAACGGGAACAACAAACACAGCAACUACAGCCACAGCUCAGCAGGCUGGAGAAUCUUCAGGAGAAACUACAGAACCCACUGAUUCUGCUACCACCGCCACAACCACAAGCAGCCAGAGCCGAGCUGUGACCACAGUGACGCAGGCCACGCCCACUCCUGGACCAUCCAUUCCUGAGAUAUCUUCAAUGGUUGGAGAGGAAAGGCCAGAGUCUUCUGAAGCUGUUGCUGUAGAGACUCCAGUUGAGGGGGAGGAGCCUAUGCAGACAGACCAAUCAGAAAGUGUGAUGGCGUCAGGAUCAACUGUGUUACAGGUUCACGUGGAAGGAGCAGGAGAUUCCCAACAGAUGGAGACUGCAGACAGCGGCUUGCCCCAAGAGCUGAUGUCAUCAGAAGGGGAUGAAUCAGGAACUACAACUCUCAUGGUGACGGGGCUGACCCCUGAUCAGCUGACAUCUGCAACAGAUGAGGCCCAGCAAGCCACAAUACAGGCCGUUCUGCAGGCCGCCGGACAGUUAGGCAACGCAGAAGGAGUAGACCAGACCAUCCCAAUAGUGUUAACCCAGCAGGAGCUGGCUGCACUGGUUCAACAGCAGCAGCAGCUCCAGGAGGCCCAGCAGGUGGCGCCCAAAGCAGAACCAGAGCCCGAGCAGGAAGAGCCACAACAUGCCAUGCCUACUGAGGGACUGGCUCCAGCCGACAGCCUGAAUGACCCGUCAGCAGAAAGCAAUGGACACGAGCUAACAUCUUCGGCGGUAACGAGUGCAGUUGCCCGAUUGGCCAGUACUUUUGCCCCACCUUCACUAAGCGCCAGCCCCAACAAGAUUCAGGCUGCUGCAACGCUAACAGAGGUUGCUAAUGGCAUUUCUAAUGCUACUCAGAAACCAGCAGCAGUGAAGCCGGUCCCUAAGGACUCGCAGUGGUACGAUGUGGGUAUUGUAAAGGUCACCAACAUGGUGGUGUCCCACUACUAUGUGCCCUUUGAUGACAACUAUACAGAUGAUGACUCGGGCACUGUACCGGAUUAUUCGCAGAUGAGGAAAGUUGAGCUGCAGCCUGGAACAGCCUAUAAAUUCAGAGUGGCAGGAAUCAACAUCUGCGGAAGAGGAGCGUUUUCUGAAGUGUCUGCAUUUAAAACUUGUUUACCCGGAUUUCCUGGUGCUCCAUGUGCCAUCAAGAUCAGCAAGAGCCCGGACGGUGCACAGCUGACCUGGGAGCCCCCUGCGGUCACCUCUGGCCGGAUCACGGAGUACUCAGUUUACCUGGCCAUCCAGUCCUCACAAACCUCUGCUGGCUCCUCUGGGGGCCAGGGUCAGUUGGCCUUUAUGAGGGUGUACUGUGGCCCCAGUCCGUCCUGUCUGGUCCAGUCUUCUAGUCUUUCCAAUGCACACAUCGACUACACAACCAAACCUGCCAUCAUCUUCAGGAUCGCAGCUAGAAAUCAGAAGGGCUACGGACCAGCAACGCAAGUGCGGUGGUUACAAGAUACUAAAGACGCCAAACCUGCAAUGAAGAGACCUGGAGUGUCGCCAGAUUUUAAACCCGCUGGAUCGAAGAAGUUCAGAGCUGACCAAUAA